CAAGAGAAGGUGAGACCUUGGCUUUCGUUUUUUGAGGCACUGCAUCCUCUACACAUGUACCAAUUGCUAGUUAUAUAUAGGUAGGGAAUGAAAAGAGAGCGAGCCCAGAAUUUUCGACGAUAGACAGACAAUUCUGUUCUCAUCAUUCCUCUUGACUAUAAGAAUCUGUGCAGCUCAGAGUCAUUGAUCUCUUGUCAGGUUAAUUACUUCAGACUCUACCCUGAAAGCAAUAAUGUCGUCAACUGAUGUCAAGCUGUGUAACCAACGCCUUUUGUCAGAUAUCCACGAGCUCGUCACAAAACCCUAUCCCAAAAUCGUGCUUUACCCCAACGAAAAUUAUAUCAACAUAGCUUGUUUAAUUCUUUACCCUGACCACUAUCCGCCUUUACACUUGUCCAUUGAAUUCCCUUCACUAUAUCCGAUACGGCCUCCUAGUAUCUGGAUGAACUCAUCAGUACAGCAUCCCAAUGUCUACGGCUCCUUCAUAUGCGCUAGUAUCUUGCGUCCCGGUGAAGAGCACACGCCGGCUUACACACUUAAGGGUAUUGCGAUUCAACUAUUGAGCUUUUUUGACAGCGAUAGCCUGGAACAGGAGGACUAUGACAAGGCCGCAGAUCUCACUACCUACCAACAAACGAGCAAGUCGUACUUAGUAGAUACGUACAAGUGCCAAGAAUGCGGAUUCGGAGCCAAGAGUCGUCCUCCUCGAGCUAGUACUCCUUUGAAACCAACAAGCUUCGAUGCACGCGUUCAUCAAAGUCCGGAACAGUGGCCAAUCAUACAAAGCUCUGCCUCUUCCCCAAGCGCACUCAAAUCUAGCGCAGCCAGCGGGAAAGAAAUAAGCCCACCAUCAAGUCCGAGCAAGCGGCACUCCCUGUCGAUAAGCGAUCACGAGAGGGAGCCAUCUGGUGUUGAAAUCAACCAACUUCCCAAUGAAAUCUUACUCCUGAUCAUUGAACAUCUAGAUGAUUUUGAAGAUCUAACUAGCUUCGCACGUGCAUGGCCGAGGAUUAGUCAAGUUGUGCGAGACUUCAAUGUCAUCCGACAGCGUGAGCAGCAAUGUUUCUGCCUGAAGAAAACCUAUCAACAGGCGAGUCUUGGUGUCGGUGUCCGGAUUAACAAAGGUCAGAUUUCUUCAGAGUUCGACUUGAUCUCCCAGGAAGCCUGCAAUUAUUUGCAUGUCAACCGUUCCAUCCAUAACAUACCAUUCAAUAUUUGGCUUCCGCUGCCGAUAUCAAGGCGACACUGGAACAAGGUCAGAAAAGAUGCCCAUGCCGCUUUUCUUGAGAUUGCGUCUCGCAUCAAUGUGUCUGUGUCAUCGGACACGAUGGGUGCAUCGGUGCUCUUCACAUUCAUGAAUGACAUAGUCGUUCGGCUGAACCAGACGACAGAGAAUUUAGAGGCCGGGAUUGCGAAGAAGCAUACGCUUCGCCAUGCGUCGGAGAAAGCUAUAGAGUCGUACUUCCACCUCUUCCACCUCCUCGUGUGUAUAGCGACAGAAGAUCCUUGUAUUGUCCAGAAAGCCAAUAAGCUGUUGGAGGACUUCAAGAAUGGAGCAAGAUCGAAAAAGGAUUGUCCCAAUCUAGGACAUCUCCUGAUUGCUCUGUUGAUAUCUGAUGUCCAAGUCACUGACACGCUUCUCAAAGCUAUCAUAACAGAGGCGAUCGUUCGAAACGUUGUCUGGCUGCUCGAUAGAAAAGGAGCAGGUAUGGAUGAGUUAUCAUAUAUGGAGAGAGAUUCAGUGUCUGCUUACCGGUUAGACAAGACGUUCCAAGGCUCUCGUACCUCGUACAGAUUACUUAUGUUCUCGGAACUAUUCCGGCGCACAGCUCGCCCCUCCCAUGAGAAGAGCUUGACCCAAGUGCGAGAUGAACUUUUCAAUCGUCAUGGCGGGCCACCUAUAGAUGCAGCCGGUCACCUCGCAGCUGAAGUGCGCCGACUACAUACUAUUGAUAAUUUUCCGGCCUUCAUGCGAGAAAUGGGUCUCCAGCAAAUUCCCACACCCGCGAACUUCACCCAUGUUCUUAGAAAUACUGUUCAUGAAAGUAUGGCCAGAGGGUAUUCGAGGUGGGCCAUCGAUCAGAAACUGGCGAUGCGUCUCCGGUUGCAGAAAGAUCCUUAUAUCCUGCUCACUCCUGCAGAGCGCACACCCGCAACAUGGCUCGACCAUAAGCCUGCGGGUGGUCGCCGUGGUUACAACUUCUUCCCAAACAGACUGCAGAGGUAGGCCGAUGGCCCCGAGCCGUGAAGGAAGACAAGAGCUGGGGCAGUUACGAUGGUACGAUGCGUAGGUCAGUCGGAUAUAGCUUGGCUAUUGGUAAGAAAACAUUAUACUUCCUGGAACUGCGUAGACAAGAUAUUUAGGACCGGUGAGAAUUGUAUCAGAUUAACACCAGGCACAAAUAAAGUUGACUAAGUCGACGCACUGAUCUGCACGGUGCACCUCAUCAAAUUUAGCGACGGUCUAAUUUUUGAUUACGCUAACAAUUCAUAUGUAUGUGAUUGGCCCGGGAUUAGAAU